AUGGGAAUGCCGCCUUCAACAACAAGCCCAUACCGAUCGACGGAACCGCCAGACUCCCCCGUCCAUGAUUCCGACUCGGAUGCCGACCUAGACCUUCAGGAGCUCGACCCGACCACAUCGCACAGCACUAGCGCCACGCUUCUAGGCCGCAACACCAGCCCCGAGCAGCGAGCGCCACGGAUUGCGCUGAGAAAUCUCCGCAUGGGGGGCUUGCGGAGGACGAGUGGUAGGGGGGCACGCCGCGGAUAUGGCGACCUCGGACACGACAGGGACGGCCAUGACGAUGCCGUGGGCUUGCUGGACGAUGAUCACGACAGACCACAGCGCUACUCGGACGGCAGCCAUAGCGGAGGCGAUGAUGCGCCGCUCUUGAACAACUCCGGCUCGGGGUCACGCCGUAAGCGAUCCUUUGCCGGCGAUCGAAUGCAAAAGCUGGGCGCAUCCCUUCGCUUGCCGAGCUUCAUGUCAAGCACCAGCGCGAACCGAGACGCGAUUGAGGAUCUGGCCGACCAAGAGGACGACGAUCCCUCUGCCUCGCGUGUGGUGGCCGUCGGUUCCUCUCAAACGACCCGAUACCCACCAAAUAUUGUAUCGAAUGCUAAAUAUACAGCCUUCACCUUCCUCCCCGUCACCCUGUACAACGAGUUUUCUUUCUUCUUUAACAUGUACUUUCUACUGGUUGCUUUAUCCCAGGCGAUUCCAGCACUGAGAAUUGGUUAUUUGAGCACAUAUAUUGCACCCCUUGCUUUUGUGCUCAUGAUUACCAUGGGAAAGGAGGCCUACGAUGAUGUUGAGCGACGGAGGCGAGACAAUGAAGCCAACUCGGAGGAAUAUGCGGUGCUUCGCUUUGACGAACCAGGAAGCCGGGCGUAUCCUACGUCUCGAUCGCCGCGAGUACUGAAGUCAUCAUCCAUGCGAAAGGGCCAGAAAGGAUCCGUACAUCGGGACAGACUGUCAGACAUCAGGGAGGAAGAAGAGCAAGCAGAGGGACACGGCCUGGGACAGCCCUCCUCGUACGUGGAGGAAAUCAGCAAGAAAUCUCGAGACCUGCGUGUCGGCGAUGUGUUGAAGUUGAGCAAGGGCCAGCGUGUCCCGGCUGAUGUGGUCAUACUUAAAUGUCUGGCAACGGAAACCUCGACGGCUCCCACAGACCAGAUGGAAAUAGUCCACGAGGAAGAGUCACUGCUUGUCGACGCGGAUUCGAGUAGUACCACCUCAGGCAAGGGCAAAGAACCAGAACAACGUCAAAAGCCUGACGAAGGCAGCUCCAACGGGGAGACCUUUAUCAGGACUGAUCAGUUGGAUGGAGAGACGGACUGGAAAUUGCGGCUGACUUCAGCUCUGACACAAAAUCUACCGCUGGAGGAAUUAGUGAGACUCAGGGUGACCGGAGGCAAGCCAGAUAAGAAGGUCAACGAGUUCAUUGGGACGGUCGAGUUGAUGCCGUCUCGACAAGAGGCUAUGGAUCCUUAUCCCAGCGACAACGCCCAGCCAGAUACAAACAACUCGGCCCCGUUAUCCAUUGACAAUACUGCCUGGGCCAACACCGUCAUUGCGUCUCAAGCAAUCACUCUUGCGGUCAUUGUUUAUACUGGUCCCCAAACCCGAUCAGCCUUGUCGACAUCGCCUUCCCGAUCCAAGACGGGGUUGCUCGAGUAUGAAAUCAACUCUCUGACCAAAAUCCUCUGUGCCCUGACCUUGGGGCUUUCAAUCAUUCUCGUGGCUCUAGAAGGUUUCGGUAACACGGACGGCAAUGUAUGGUAUGUCAAAAUCAUGCGCUUCUUGGUCCUUUUCUCUACCAUUGUGCCCAUCAGUCUUCGAGUCAAUUUGGACAUGGGAAAGAGUGUUUACUCAUGGUUCAUUCAACGUGACCCGGGAAUUGCUGGAGCAGUAGUACGGACGAGCACAAUUCCAGAGGACCUGGGAAGAAUCGAAUACCUGCUCAGCGACAAGACCGGAACCUUGACCCAAAACGAGAUGGAAAUGAAGAAAAUCCAUGUCGGUACAGUGUCAUAUGCCAAUGAAGCGAUGGACGAAGUAUAUGCCUAUGUGAAACAUGGGUUCGCUGGGGCACCGGCGGAAACAGCGCUCGUCACACCUUCAUCUUCUUAUAACACGACAGCCGGAGUCACAGCUACCCGUACAAGGCGAGAAAUUGGCUCCAGGGUUCGCGAUGUUGUCCUGGCUCUUGCUCUGUGCCACAAUGUCACUCCUACAACCGAGGAGGAAGACGGACAGACCGUCACGUCGUAUCAGGCUUCUUCCCCGGAUGAGAUUGCAAUUGUUCGGUGGACAGAGUCGGUUGGAUUACGCCUGGCUCACCGUGAUCGACAGGGGAUGAUCCUCGAGUCCACGGAAACCGGAAAAGCAGUUGUCAAGGUCAAGAUAUUGGAUGUCUUUCCGUUCACGUCGGAAGGCAAGCGUAUGGGAAUUAUUGUUCAGUUCUGGGAGCACACCCAGAGCGCACCAUCACCCGAAAACGCAGAGAUUUGGUUCUACCAAAAGGGUGCCGAUACCGUCAUGUCGUCCAUCGUUGCCGCCAACGAUUGGCUCGACGAGGAGACGGCCAACAUGGCUCGUGAAGGCCUCCGAACGCUUGUUGUAGGUCGCAAGAAGCUCUCCUCGGCGCAGUACGCCGAAUUCUCCCGAUCUUACCAGGAAGCCUCUCUUGCCAUCAACGGGCGCGAGGCAGGCAUGCAGAAAACCGUGUCCGAGCAUCUUGAGCGAGACCUGGAGCUGCUAGGUGUAACAGGCGUGGAGGAUAAGCUGCAAAGAGAUGUCAAGCCCUCUCUCGAACUGCUCCGUAAUGCUGGAAUCAAGAUUUGGAUGUUGACAGGCGACAAGGUCGAGACAGCUCGCUGCGUUGCCGUCAGCUCUAAACUCGUUGCCCGUGGUCAAUACAUCUACACCAUCACCAAGCUGAAGAGGAAAGACAAUGCCCAAGAUCAUCUCGACUUUCUCAGGAGCAAGACGGAUUCGUGUCUCUUGAUUGAUGGUGAAAGUCUUGGAUUGUUCCUCACCCACUUCCGAACCGAAUUCAUCUCAGUUGCAGUCCAUCUCCCUACUGUGGUCGCUUGUCGUUGUUCCCCAACACAAAAGGCAGAAGUCGCCAAGCUUAUUCGCGAAUACACCAAGAAACGUGUCUGCUGCAUUGGCGAUGGUGGCAACGAUGUCUCCAUGAUUCAAGCCGCUGAUGUAGGAGUGGGCAUUGUUGGUAAAGAAGGACGACAGGCCAGUCUGGCGGCCGAUUUCUCCAUUGAGCAAUUCUGCCAUUUGACCAAGCUUCUUGUUUGGCACGGCCGAAACAGUUACAAGCGGAGUGCCAAGCUCGCCCAAUUCGUCAUCCAUCGUGGUCUUAUUGUCGCUGUUUGUCAAACAAUGUACAGUAUUGCAAUCAAGUUUGAGCCCGAGGGUCUAUACAUUGACUGGCUCAUGGUUGGCUACGCGACCGUCUAUACCGCAGCUCCCGUACUAUCUCUAGUCCUAGAUAAGGACGUUGAUGAGAACCUGGCGAAUCUGUAUCCAGAGUUAUACAAGGAGUUGACAUCUGGACGAUCUCUAUCUUAUCGCACAUUUUUUGUAUGGGUAUUUGUGUCCAUAUAUCAGGGUGGCAUGAUCCAGGGCCUGUCUCAGCUCUUGACCGAGGUCGAUGGACCGAGGAUGGUCGCGGUCAGCUACACAGUCCUGGUUCUGAACGAACUGCUUAUGGUUGCCAUUGAGAUCACGACAUGGCAUCCUGUCAUGAUUGUGAGCAUUGUGGGCACGUUCCUGGUAUAUGCGGGAUCAGUUCCGUUCCUGGGCCGUUACUUUGACCUGGAUUUCAUCCUGACUUGGGGCUUUGUAUGGCGCGUAUUUGCAAUUGGCGCCAUCUCACUGAUACCACCUUAUGCUGGCAAGUUGAUUAGGAGAACAAUGAAGCCACCGUCAUACAGGAAGGUUCAAGGGAUAUAA